CAGACGGCGAGGGCCCAUUGAGCACCACACAAGAAUCCACGAAGAAACAACGACUGCCUCGCACAGCGCUCAAACAAGCCGAAGUGACGAAUGUGUAAAGCUUUUUCUCGGCCUGAACUCGAAACACGAUAUGGCCAAAGUAGUUGGAGUGGAGGAGCCUAACCGUUAAGACACGCACGCGAAACUCGGCGAACAAAUUUUUGAUGCAGAAAAACUAUGUGUUUGGAAAAAAUUGAAAAUCAAGAUGCAAAUGUGUGCUCAUGUGCCAGUAGAAGAAUAAAAAGUGCAAAUUGAAAAGUCAAGCAAUAAUAAAUUCAAUAAAUCAAUGUUAAAUCACACGAAAAGUGUGCAAUGGAAGCAUUAAAAAACGAGAAAACGAGUCACGACGGGCGAGCAAACGUAUGAAAAAGGACAUUCAUGAGCGCGAGGACGCAACGCAGGCAAUAAAAAUUGUGAUAGAAGUUAAAGAGGAAUAGAUACAAAUUCUAUCAGCAAACAGCAAGCAGUAGGUAGUCACCACGACCAUCGAAAGCGAAAAGAAGAACAAAAAGAAGUAAGCUUGUUAAAAGAGUGCUGUAAGAAGUGUAAAAACUAUAGGCGGGCGGAGGUGCUCGUAGAGGCAGCAAUAGAACGAGCACGUGAACGAGGGGCCCGAGAAGCGGCGGUAGGCAGCGAGAGGUACUAGUAUGUGGUACUGCGCGCUGGAGGAAUACACCAGCUGAAACAAAGCUAUGGAGGCGCAGUGCCUGCUGCGAGGCGACACAACGUCUCUACUCCGUGCAAACCCUUCGGCACAAACUAAAGCGAAGACACGUUUGUAAUGUUCACGUAGAAUGGGCAACGCAAGGUAAUGACCCAAAAAUGAAGGAAAUUAAUAGGCAAAUGCAAAUUUGCAGAAAAAGACGGGAGUAAGCGUGAAGGUGAAGGAUAUUUGUAAUUUUCGGAAAGUCAUGAAAAUGUCAGCAUGAAAGUUACGUUGCAUGAAUUUCGGAAAAAAUCAUAAAAAAAUACUUUUAUCGCGUUGGAAUGAGAAUAUCACAUGAGUGAAUAGGACAGAAGUGAGCUUUUCGUGCAAACGAGGCAUAUUUUUAGGAGCUUAUGGUGAAAGUUAUGCCUGAGUAAAGCGAGAAUACGAAAAACGCCAGUUGUAAAAGCAAUAAAAUGUCAAAUUAUUACUAUUGACAUACAAAAAAACAAAAGCAACAAAGUGAAAGUACCUUAGCUUCAUCGAAUAUAGGCACAUACACGCGCGCACACACAUUCCCAAUCAUUUAAUUGCUUACUCGCUGAGUAACCUUGAAUGUGCAGUGGGGGAGCGCUGUGUUGAAUGCGAACACGCCGUGCGCCAUUUGGCGGGGCAGAUUCUAGGAGAGCGUGAAACAGCGCAUUAAAAUAUGUUGUAAUAAAACAACAAAAAAAACUUUGAAACCCGAAAACAAUACAAGUUAUGGUGAAUGCCACAUGGCCAAAUGCUUAACAAGGAGGCAGCCACAUGCUUCGCAACGGUUGCAGCAGCUUGCCACUCCGUCAUCACGGUAAACAGCAACAAGCAGCAUCUUCCCAACGUCCAUCAAACUCACUCCGAUGACGCAUGCCAUCAGCAACAGUCUGCUGCAGAAGGUUAUCUCGUUGCGUGAGGGCAUAUACGUUGCCAGUUGCUGUUCCCAGCGCCACUCCACAGCAGACGACCGCUCCGGUUGCAGUGCGAAUGCCGAGUGCGCAAGCGAAAGACGUGACUUUGAAGUAGCUAAGCAGCUGAAGAUCUUGCAAGAGUUAAGAGGCACGAAUGCUGAACACACAAGCGAAGGUGUAGCAACAGCAACAACAACAAACAUAACGUUCCACAAGGACUACAGGCAGCCUCGAAACAAUACACAACAGCAACAGCAACUUGUAUGCACUGGAAACACUACAAAAGCAGGCAACAAGGCUUUUAGCGAGCAGCGAGUAUUUCUCAAUGAGACUGUGGCCCAGCGUGUUGGCGUCAUUUUGAUUGACGAGUGCGUACGAAUUUCUGAGCAUAUUGCUUACAAAAGUCUCGUGCUGUUGGUUAUGCUCAUGCUAGUUGUUGCAAAUGCGACGAAUAAGAGAGCAACGAGUGCGCUCGCAAUGCUUGCAGGAUAUCGGUUUAUGCAGCCAAAUAGCGAAGCUGUCGUAGUGUAUGUGGUGAAUUUGAAAUUGUCAAAAAUAGCGAAACAUAAAGGAAGUGAUAAAUACAGUUAUAAAAAACAAAGCCAACAACACAAACAAAAGCAAUGUGCAGUGAGAGGCAGAUGAAAAAACGUGCAAGAUGAGAGUGAAAAGUGGGCAAGAGCAAAAAGUUGAACAGAAGCAACAUAAGAAGCAAUAUAGCAAACAUAUGCAAAUUAAAUAAAAAGUUGACGUAAAGCGUGAAAGUAAAAUGAAAAUUAUGGCCAAAGCACAACAUUGUGCAGGUGAAAGAGUUAUCAAGAAAUACAAUAGUGUAGUGAAUGUGAGGAAAAAAUAGUGAAAAAUGAAGAAUUCAUAUAUAAAAAAAAAUAAAUAACAAAUAUGUACAAAAAAUACUAAAGUGAAUUAUAAAUUUAAAGCAUAAAGUUGAUGAUGUUGAUAUGAAGUGAAGUGGUCUCAGAGUCAGAUAAUUAAGCAAAAUAAAAAGAAAAAAUUAAACUUGGUAAAACAGUAAAUGAUUGCCAAGUGUACAAAGUAAAUACUUGCAAAAAAAAAAAAUAUUAUAAAAUCUUACGCACGUGAAAACAAAUAAUAAGAAUUACUUCAAAUAUAUUUAAACGAAAACAAACGAUUUUCCUUUCAACACUCGCCAAAUGUUGCAACUACUCCUAACCUAUGUAUUUAACCUGCUGCCAUUUCAAAACAAUCCAAAUAAACGUUUAAUAUAAACAUAUAAAAGCCAACAAUAACAAGAAGCAACCUGAGUGCAUACUAAAGAGGCAGCCAUAAAUAUCUAUUAUUGCUGAAGAUAUUGCCAAAAAAAUUUCAAAUCUCACAAAAAAGCUACUGAAUGCAUUUGAAAAAUAUUUUACCAAAUAUUUCUGCGCUUCAAACAUAGUUUGAGCAGCGCAAGAGAGUGUAAACCGUUAAAACUGGCAUUGCGGCAUUGAAUUUCAAGGGUAGCGCUUUUCAAACAGAACCGAGAUCUAAACGUCAAAACUUUCACUAUCUUUUCAAACAUUUUUCGUAGGCGCAAGCAACUGCAGCUACAAACGCCAUUGGCGUACAGCCGUAGUUGGCAAUCAUCAGCGUCUUGUAGUUUGCUGUCGCCGCAGAGGUGUUAAAUAUUAAAUUUACAAAAUCAGGAAACGUGUCAGUCAACGAGCAGUGCAUACCGUUGUUCAGCUGGCCGGUCAGCGCGACAGUUCGUUAAACAUUGUUGCAUUGGCUGGACACCGAGCGGUGACAGUUGACGCUGUAUCGUUGUACGACACGUCCGUUAUGCCAGCGAACGAUGGCAAGAGGAAGUGAAGUCGGAAGGAAAUAGGCAGGAAAGUAACACUUUGCAUACCAAAGGCAGGCAACGGACGACAGCGCAAUGCAUGGCAGGACAACAACGAUAAAAGUACUGAGACGGAAGAAGUGUAGCAAAAACACGACGAUUGCAAAAAUAACUGUAAACUGAACAACUGAACAACAAGCAAAACUGCACACUUGUGAGUCAUGCGAAUGUAAGUGCUGCCGCAAAUACAACAAAACCAACAACUGCACGAGUAGUAAGACAAAGGAGAUGAGUUUGAGAUAUUGCAAUGCUUGUGAGUUAACUGUAACAACAAUACUUGUAAUAAUUAAACGCUGCAACUACGUGCAAGCGCUGCCAGUUUAAAUGACGACAGUGUAGCAAGCAAAGCGAGCAUUCAACAAAUUUAGAACACAAAGCGAAAAAGCAACUACUUUUGCAAGUUAAACGCCAAAUGAAAACUUUCAGCAGCCAAGUGUCGUCGUCACAAGUUGGCGAAGUUUCAACAGAAAGUAGUAAUAAUAACAAACAACAACAUUUUCGAAAUGAAAGCAGCACAGAUUUAUACGGCAUUUGUUGGAAAGUGUGUUGAUCUAAAAGCAGAUGCGAAAAAAAAUAUGCAAAAGUUAUAAAAACAAUGCAACAGCAAAAAAGUAUAAUGAAGCUUAUAAUAAAAAUUAAUGAAACUUAAGAGAAUUGUGAGCAAAUAAAUUUUACAAUUACUAAUGCAAAUACAAAUAUAUUUAAAAAGGAAUACUAUAAAAUAAAAAGCGUGAUAAAUACAUAAAUACAACAGCCGAAAAGUACCGAAUUACAUAAAUCAAAUACUUUUUGAUAAAAAAAUAAGUGCGUCUUGUAAUGCGCCUUGGGGGCGGCUUACCAUACGACGGCGACCCCCCGACAAUGAGCGCAGCUGGCAAUGAUUAUGCAGAAUUAUGCGAUCUUGGACCCUCACGAUGGAGUUCGCGUGGCUAUUAUUAUGCACCACCCGCACAUGCGUCCGCCUUACAUCCUAGUGCCGCGCCCGGCCUACAACAACCGCAAUCCUCAUCCAGCGUACCGACCGGCAGUUCGGCCGGUCUCAGUGCGCAUCCGUUGCGCACACCGAGCAGUUACGAGGCGGAAGACGUUUCUUUUGGCAUGAUAAGUCCACCGCCGGGUGUGAUCGGUCCGUCGUCGGUUGGUCUAAGCGGUACGUACGGCAUCGGUUCGCGUAUUGGCAAUAGUACAAGUUCGUUACGUGGCGGCCGUUCCGGUCUUUAUUAUUCACCGCCCGGCACAUCAUAUACAAUUGUGGAAAGACCACAUUCGCCACACUACUAUUACAAUACGGCUGGUGCACCAACGAAGGGUGGCUCAUUGCCGGGACGCGGUUCGUCAUAUCUAUCGUCCACAGCAUCACCCACCAGCCACAUGGCGGCCACAGGUGGUGGAGGCACGUUACCUAACUCAACGGCGACGUUGGGUGGGCGCGCGCACAGCAGUAUGGGCAUGGCGAAUGGUAAUAAAAAGCGUCCUAUCUCGCCGGAGCAAGUGUUGCGCAUGUUCGGUGCGACGCAAUCCUCUUCAGUUCCUACAAGCAGCUAUCACUAUAGCAACGGCACAAGAGAUCGUACUGGACGCCGCAGCCCGGCGAGUAGUCCGCCCUCGACCACGCAUCAGAUGUAUCGUGAGCGAGAUCGAGAUCGUAGCAUAACGAAUAUACAUGAAUUAACCACACGUACCAUUAACAUGUCACGCGAUCAGCAGAUCGAUCAUGGUUUUGGUAUUUGUGUUAAAGGAGGAAAAGACUCAGGAUUAGGCGUCUAUAUCUCACGCAUCGAAGAGAAUUCAGUGGCAGAGCGCGCCGGCCUGCGCCCCGGUGAUACAAUCCUAGAGGUGAAUGGCACGCCGUUCACUUCAAUAAAUCACGAGGAGGCGUUAAAAAGAUGUGUGCAGAUAUUGAAAUCAUCACGUCAAAUCAGUAUGACGGUGCGCUCACCACCGACGCUCAACUCCCACGCGCCACUACAUGGCUUCGGUCCACCCUCGUCGCGGGAUCCCAUGUACGCAUCGAUGGCGCCACUACUGCCACAAUCGGCGGCCGGUUUACCGCCCGGAGCGACGAUGAUUGGCGGCGGUGGUCUACCAUUUCGUCAGACAUGUUCCUGGAUGGACCGACAUGGUCGUCCCGCUUCGCCACCCAUGGAGUAUGGUGGACGGCAUACCGAUCGUCGUGAACGAAUUCGACGCGUAGAGCUGCUCAUUGAACCGGGCCAGUCGUUGGGCCUCAUGAUACGCGGCGGCGUUGAAUACGGCCUUGGCAUCUUCGUCACCGGCGUUGAUAAGGACAGUGUCGCAGAUCGUGCUGGCCUCAUGGUCGGCGACGAGAUACUCGAGGUCAAUGGUCAGUCAUUUCUCGACGUGACCCAUGACGAGGCGGUUAGUCAGCUGAAAUACCAUAAACGUAUGUCGCUUGUGAUACGUGAUGUUGGUAAAGUGCCACACUCCUGUACAUCUAUUGAGAUGGAGCCUUGGGACGCGUAUAGUCCGACGGGGACCAGAGCUCGUCGAAAAGGUCAAAUAACCGCUAUGGUGGAGGAGAAGGCACGCUCUCUCCUGCCACGCCAUCAAUUCGCAAGUCUCUCGUAUUAUAUCGCCGAAUAUGCUGCGAGAGCGAUGACCAUAGAUGCCUUUGUUGCCGUCUUAUUAGAAAUGUUAGACACAUAUGAGAAACAUACGUUAGUGACGGAACUACGCGAACUUAUAUAUCCAGAGGAUCGUACGAGAUACGAUGAGCUUGUUUAUCGUAGAGAACGUGAUCCGUAUAGCGUGGAGAGGCACAGGCGUAAAGGAGAAACCGCACGUGAUUUACCGGAAUACGGCUGUGAUGACCAUAGGUCCCGUAGAGGCAGUGAAACUCAAAUACCACACUCGGAAUACGAACAAGAUGCGGAACAGGAGUUGGCCACAAAACUCUCGAGAAGUUUCGAUAUGAAGGAGGAGGGAGGCACACUGCUGGGCGACAAAGGUGUACGCAGGCAUCAGUCCAUGCAACGCCUUUCGGCCGAGCAAAAUGGUUCAACGACUGAACAAACACAUGAACACAAUCCAAACGUCGUACCUGAUCAUAGAGGCAACUUACACAUUACUGUUAAGAAAACUAAACCAAUUUUAGGUAUUGCUAUCGAAGGUGGUGCUAACACAAAACAUCCGCUUCCAAGGAUAAUCAAUAUCCAUGAAAACGGUGCAGCAUACGAAGCGGGUGGCCUCGAAGUCGGGCAACUCAUACUGGAGGUGGACGGCAAUAAGGUCGAGGGUCUACAUCACCAGGAGGUUGCCCGACUGAUUGCCGAAUGCUUUUCGAAUCGCGAAAAGGCUGACAUAACCUUCUUAGUUGUCGAAGCGAAAAAGUCGAAUCUGGAACCAAAACCAACAGCGCUUAUAUUUUUAGAAGCCUAACAUUUGCUUGCCCUGCCGGCUAGUGAGGACCCAUUGGAACGACAAAAGCUUGAGUUCCUAUUCGAAUGGGGUAUCGAUUUAACGACAACGCCAAAACCAAUGCCAACACCAAUACCAUUAACAAAAGCUAAAAAUCCACCGCCACUGCCACUCAACAUUAAAUCCAUCAACCAUCCAUCACAUCAACCAGCGUCGGCGACACACGCACACACACACACAUCACUCGCGCCGCAUCAUCAGCAAACGACGCAGCAACAUGGUGCCAACACAACAACAACAACGACAACAAUCACAACAACAAGAACGCAUACGCCACAAACUACACAAGCGACCGCGGGGAUGCCAACACAAACGACGAGCGCCAAAUAUACGAAGAGUCCAACACAACAACAUCAACAACAACACCAGCAGCAGCAGCAGCAGCAGCAACAACACCAUCAACGUACAACGCCAACUACAGCUACAACAACACCGACAAAAAGUACACAACAACAGCAGCAACAUCAAAGACUGACACCUGGUGAUCGCACGAGAGCCGCGGCCACUACAAAAACAACAACAACACCAACAGCAUCAGCGCCAACGUCCCGUGAGCACACACCCACGCGCAGCACACACACACAACAACAUCAACAUCAACAACACAGCCAGUCAUCCUUGCAACGUCAACCAUCGAUAAAUCAACAAAAAUCACAACAACAACAACACGAACAGAGGCGCGACCUCGAUCGCAAAGACUCACAACGCGAACGCGAUCGCGCGAAAGAGCGCGAACAUGAGCGCCAGCGUUCACAUACAGAUGCACGCGAGCGUGAACAUGAGCGCGAGCGCGACCGAGAAAGGGGCCGUGAAUUAGAGCGCGAGCGUGAACGGCAGCGUGAUUAUGCCCACGAACGUGCACGUGAUUACCAACAACACGAUCGUGAGUAUGCUCGUGAACGAGAAUAUGCCGCACGUGAUCGUGAGUAUGAGCGUGAGCGUGAAAUGUCACGUGAUGCACGUGAGCGUGAGUAUGAGCGUGAGAUGUCACGUGAUGCACGUCUCAGUGAGUAUGAGCGCGAGCGUGAACGCGACUACACGCGCGAACGUGAGUAUGAUCGAGAGCGCGACUCCGAGCGUGAACAACCACCGUCAUCAGCACACACAACACAACAACAUCAACAUCAACAAACCCAUCAUCACCAACAACAAACACAUUACAAUAAAACGAAUUAUAAUUCCGUUUACCAGUAAAAAGAACAAAA